GCAGCAGCACAGUGGUGGCCACGGAACGGUCCACAGCCAUCCUGGAUGAGCGCAUGACGGACGUCCGGCGUCAGAACCUUAUGAUCAUGGAUCUUCUGACGAACGCCAACGACGGCAUCCAGACCAAUACUGACAGCCUCCAAGCCAUCCGAGGCUUGGACACCAGCACAGCUGACCAGCUGCGUGGCAUUAUGGCAGAGGAGCUCACGAAGGCGCAGGGCAACGACGCA